CAAACGGACUUCACUAUCCGAGUGGAGUGGGUGGGUUCCCAUGCUCUGUUCGUUUCCAGUUCCUCCCAUUUCCCAAAUGUCGGAGCCAAUCAUUCUCUCCGAUGAAGAAGACCAGAAUGCCCUCUCAACCCCAUUCCAACCAUUCCACUGUAAGAAACGCCGAACCCAACUGGACCCAAACCCAAUCCCUACGGUUCUGGUCCUCGACGACGACCCGACCCCACAGAAGCAGCCCGGCCCCACCUCCACUCCUGACUUCGUCCCGGAGACCCCCAUGUCUGAUCUUGCAAUUGUGAAAUGCACCAAAGCCCCUUCCCACUUCCAAGCUAGGGUUUCAGACUCCGAGCACAAGUUCCCUGGUGUUAAUGGACUGAUAUGUUUGGAAUCUGAUAAUGAGCCUGAAAGUGGUCAUGCAAGGAAAAAGGGGAAGGAGAUUGAAUCCAUCGCUAGUGGGUGUGAUGUGGUGAAGGACUUAGAUUGGAGGUUUAGUUUUGUCGAGUCCACAUGUUCUCUUGGAGAUGCUGAGUUAGCACAUAUGUCUGAGGGGAAUUUUUCACAAUCUACUUUGCAAGAUGAUAUUGAUCAGGUACUUGAUUAUCCAGAAAAUAGAAUGGAUCAGAUGGGAAACAUCAUGAAGCAGAGAAGGACUACAGCUGUUACUGAUAAAGAAAACAUUACAAAAGAGGCAACAGGAAGAAGGAAGCUGACAAAAGAGGAAAGAACGCGCUUAAUGGAAGAAAAGAAGCUAAAGAAGAUACAAGAAAAAUUGCAAAGAGAAGCUCUGAAAGCUGAAGCAGCAGAGAUGAAAAAAAUACAGAAAGAAAAGCAAAAGUGGGAAAAAGGGAAGUUUGCCCUAAAAUCCAUCGUGGCCGAGAUUGAUUCUAAAGUAGUGGAGUUGGGGUCAGUUGGAGGAAAUUUGCUUACGAGGUUUGCUGAAAAGGGGCUAACAUACCGUAUAACAUCAAAUCCAAUUGAAAGAUCAAUUGUCUGGACCAUGACUGUCCCAGAACAUAUUUCACAGUUUUCCCCUGAAGAAAUAGAGAUUCAAUAUAUAUUGCUCGUGUAUGAAGCUGAAGAGUUUUGUAACCUUGUCAUCAAUGAAUCUCUUUUGGAUCAUGCUUUUAGUGUUCGAAGUCGUUAUCCAUCGUAUACAGUGUGUUAUCUUACAAAUAGGUUGAUGGCAUACAUUAAUAAAAGGGAAAAAGAGCUGUACAAGAACCCGACAAAUCAAAGUGGCCGGAGACUCCCACCUGUUGAGGAGGCGCUCGCAAAAUUGACCACUAAUUUUUUUAAAGUACACUCCAGGCAGUGCAUGGAUGAGGCUGAACUUGCGGAACAUGUUGUUGGUCUAACAUGCAGCCUGUCAUCCUGCCAAUUUAGAAAGAAGUUAACGAGACUGGAUGUAAAUGCUAAUGGAUCCCUUAUCCCUAAGGACUGCCUUGACCGAAAUUUAAUUAAAAAGAGCCCAUGGUUAAAAGCUUUGGUAGCUAUCCCUAAGGUACAGCCACGAUUUGCUAUUGCUAUAUGGAAGAAGUACCCUACCAUGAAAUCUCUUUUGAGUAUUUACAUGGACCCAAAUAUAUCAGUUCAUGAAAAGGAAUUUCUGCUGAAGGACUUGACAACCGAAGGUUUACUUGGUGAUGAUAGAAGAUUAGGUGAAGUUUGUUCCAAGAGAGUGUACAGAAUACUUAUGGCACAAAGUGGAUGCAUCAAAACUGAUGAUGUCGAGGAUGGUGCUGAUUUCUUCAGGCGUUAAAUUUCACUUAUAUGGGCAAAAUCAGAUUUUGUCCUGCGCACAAUUCCCAAUAAUUCAGUUCUUUAAUCAUCAAGUAAGGCAUGUCAUGGCCCAUGCAUACCGCACUUGGUUAUUUGGGUUGCUAUUCUGAGUUUCUCACACCGCAUAUAUAUUUGGAACUGAAAGGUACUCUUGUAAGGCCUCCCUCUCCCUGAGCAAGUUCUGUAAUGGAGAAGAGCAAAUCAUUUUCCGGCUACUACUCGACCGGCUACACGGAGGCCCAGUUUGGGUUUGAGGACCGGUCGAAAUCAUACAGCUUCAAUGGUCCGGUCAGCUGCAGCAAGGUAGAUGAGUUGUCUUCAACAUCUGGCAAUCCAGAGCUGGAGAGAAGGAAGAGGGUGGCAAGCUACAACAUGUAUGCUGUGGAAGGUAAGUUCAAGUCUUCGUUGCGCAACAGUUUCAAAUGGAUUAAGGGCAAGUUUGUUGACAACUUCUACGAUGAGUAGUGAACUAAACCGAAUCCUCUUACUUUUUUAUUUUCUUGUCAAAGUCAAGUAAGGUUCCAAUUACUGUACAGUUUGUCAAGACCUGGUUAAUU